UUCACUUUCCCUUUCACUUUCACCCCCUUCCCAAAGCCUGUGCUUGUUUCUGAGAAAUCAGCUACUAAGGGGAAAAGGAAACAAACAAAAGAUGAAAAUGACAAUCCCACUGAUGAGCUGUUCACUCCCAGGACACAGCUCAGAGGGCCCCUAUCAGCUGUGGGGCCAGAGCUCACCAGAGAGAGGCACAGCUGACACCUGCAGUCACCUUCCACUCCAGAGAUGAUAAAGAAGAUCAGCUUCCCGGUGGCUCUGGGGCUGGCAUUCCUGGGGGCUUUAUCAGGGCAGAAGCUGCUUUGCCAGGAAGAUGAAACUGUCACAGAGGGAAAGAAACGCGCAGAGGAGGAGAGAGCCACAAGGAAAACAAAGCCCAGGCCUGGACCGACUCCUGGGCACCAAAGGCAAGCGGCAAACUGCAAGUGCAUCCUGACUGGCUUGUGGAGGAAUGAGCUGGGCUCCCAGAUGCAGAUACAGCAAGUGAACGGGGACGGCACCUUCUCUGGCAAGUACCACACGGCUGUGUCGCUCGCUCAGAGACCCAUCCAACCCGCGUCCCUCAACGGGUCCCAGCACUUCGAUGAGGCGGGGCAGCCGACAUUUGGCUUCACUGUCAACUGGAAAAGCUUCUCAGACUCAACCACCGUCUUCACGGGCCAGUGCUUUGUGGACGAGAACGGGAAGGAAAUUCUGGAAACCAUGUGGCUGCUGCGAGAGAAGGCCAAAGCCCCAAAUGGCUGGGAAGCGACCAGGGUCGGCACAAACGUUUUCACCCGGAUCAACGGGCAGAACGUUGUUCUGGUGCCGUCCUGGCACACGUGCUUUUAG